UUGAGGGACAGUGGGGGAAACAUGAGUGACUACAAGGAACCAAGGGCGCAGCCGCUGGGCCUCCGGGAAGAGGAAGAGCUGAUAACUAGCGGUAUGAAUUUUUUUCCGAGAAACUUUGGAUUCCGACAGACUCGAGGCUACAAGAGCUUAGCAGGGUGUCUGGGCCACGCGCCCCUGGUGCUGCUGCUCCUCUUCUUCACACUCUUCACUGGGCUCCUGGUGGCCAUCCUUGUCCAAGGUUCCAAGAACCCCAGCUCCCAGAGGCAGGAGCAGUCCAAGCAGGAGGAGAUCUUCCAGGAGCUGUCCCAGCUGAAGGCUGCAGUGGGUGAAUGGGGCCAGGACUCCCGGGUUCUCAUGGGGAUGGGGGAGGGUCUCAGGAAGUGGGAAGGGGAAUGGUCCACCCAGCAUCAAAGAAGGGAGCUGAUUCUCAAGACCUUGAAGGCUGGGCAGAUACAGGAAUAUGGACGACCUAAUCUAAGCCCAGCCCUGACCAGCCCCCCAACAGAACGCCUGUGCCGCCCCUGUCCCUGGGAAUGGACAUUCUUCCAGGGAAACUGUUACUUCAUGUCUAACUCCCAGCGGGACUGGCAAGACUCCAUCACCGCCUGCCAGGAAGUGGGGGCCCAGCUCGUCAUAAUCAAAAGUGCUGAGGAGCAGAACUUCCUACAGCUGCAGUCUUCCAGAAGUAACCGCUUCGCCUGGAUGGGACUUUCAGACCUAAAUCAGGAAGGCACAUGGCAAUGGGUGGACGGCUCCCCUCUGUCACCCAGCUUCAAGCAGUAUUGGAACAGAGGAGAGCCUAACAAUAUCGGGGAGGAAGACUGUGUGGAAUUUAAUGGCAAUGGCUGGAACGACGACAAAUGCAGUGCUGCCAAAUUCUGGAUCUGCAAAAAGUCUGCAGCCUCCUGCUCCAGAGAUGAAGGGCGGCUUCUCCCUUCAGCCUCUGUAUCCCCGACUGCCCAUGCAGCAUAGCGGAACUUCAGCACUUUUAAGCCAGGGUUCCUUCUCUCCAUCCUUGGACCUUCACAAAAUCUCUGGGACCAUUCUCUAUCAAAUUCUUUAUUUUUGUUUUGUUUUGUGAGAUAGGGUCUCUGUCACCCAGGCUGGAAUGCAGUGGCAUGAUUACAGCCCACUGCAGCCUCAGCCUCCUGGGCUCAAGCGGUUCUCCCACCUCAGCCUCCUGAGUAGCUGGGACCACAGGCUCACGUCAAGCCCUGCUAAUUUUUACACUUUUUGUAGAGACAAGGUCUUGCUAUGUUGCCCAGGCUGGUCUUGAACUCCUGAGCUCAGGCGAUCUGAUGUCCUUGGCCCCCCAGAGUGCUGGGAUUACAGGCGUGAGCCACUGUGCCUGGUCUCUGUCAAAUUCUUCAUCCCCACAGGCCUGGGUCCAGUCUGUCCUUCUUCGGAUGUCUCCAAGGUCCCCUGGUGUAGAGCUUGUGUUUCUGGUUCAUCUUUGGAGCUUUAUAAGUGGACUGGUGUGGAAUGCCUUUGGAGGGUGGGCUUGGUGUGUUCCAUUAACCUACUCUCUCUUUCUUUUGGAGAUUAGAGUAUUUGGAUUGCCAUAUGUAGCUGCUAUGUCCCCUGAGGCUUUAUCUCAUCCGUGCAAACUACCAUCUGCUCAAUUUCUGUCUACC